GCUGUACCUUUUAGCUGCACUACUGCACUGGUGCAACAAGUUAAAGUGAGACAAAUAUAUCUUUUCUCAUUCUAAUUAACUUAAUUUGCACCAGUGCACCAGUAUAUUAUACAGCUAAAAAAACAGGCCAAUAUCUGCAUUCGAUCAUUUUUACAUUGUUGAUAAAUCGGCGACUCGGAAAAUUUUGUGCUAAAAUCACUCCAUCUUCCCAUCAUAUGAUUUAGGUUAUACCGUGACAGCAGUAGAGAUUCUACGAGCACGUUUAUGGAUUAUUUUGACAAGUGCGAAUACACUUUUAACGCCGUCGCCGAUACAAGAAAUUUAUCAAUGAGGAAAACUAAGGAAAACCAAGGAUUUAUGGAUUUUAACUUUCAUCAUAAUCGCGUAUGAUUUCAUUGGUACAUUGAACCGUAAAAUAUUCUCGUUCAAUUAUUACGUACAUACAGUCUUUGGAAUAUGGCAUUAUCGAAUAUUUUGCUGCUGAGCCAAAUAGCGGGUUACGUUGUGGCCUUUAUUUUAUCGCUCUGCAUCAUUGUGCCAAUGAGCCUUCAUCAGGAUGAGUUUAGGGGACACUGUCUUUUGUUUUCAACUGGAGUUUGGCAAGAGUCUGACGGCCAAUUCGUGGUGAGCUGGGCGUCACGGGCAUAUUGCAAUUACACAAUAUUCAUUGGUCUGAUACUUCUUGUGACAUCAACAAUACAAAUUUACCGAUUGUCCUUAUUUAUGUAUCGUGGCGAGGACAGUUCAUUUCUCUCUGCAUUUGUGGAUGUUGUAACUUCCAUCAUUCUCACCACUGUUACUUUAAUUGCCGCGAUUAUUGUAACCUUAGGUUUCAUGACGUGGUGUCAAUGUAUGACUAAGAGAUUUCCGUCGUGCGAAUUAGCAGCUGGAAAUGAUAUCGACAAGGCUGAUGAUAUCGAUACGUCAGGUUUUUAUAUUGAACUUGGCGCUGCUCAAUUUGGCAUUUGGAGCAGCCUGUCUGUUUGGGUCGGUUUAGCAGUUUUUGCUGUUUUAAAACUGCUAAGAUACCAUCAGUUAGAGAAUAUGAAAGUUUCCAUGUAUAGAGAAAGGCAAAGACUAAUAGAAGCUACCACGAGUAAUCAGUCACAGGAACCAAGCUAAAAGUUGAUAGCUUAAUAUUUUAUUUCUCAGAGUGACCGUGAUAAUAAUAUAUUUGUUAAUUUAUAAAGAUAAAUGGGAGAUAUAAAUCUCAAAGAACAUACAAUUGUGUAAAUAAUAAAGUUACAUAUAAGAUUCUUUGUUAACAUUGAAGCGCACAGAUAUAUUGAUACAAUGUGUACUAUUCUGGUCAGAGUUAAUCAGUUUCAAAAAAGAAUAGCAGUUUUUAUUGAAAGAUUUGUGUAAAAUUUAAGAAAAGUUUCGAAAACCUUGGUAUGUAUCAUUGUUUAUUUUUUUCUAGGUUUAAGAGCAUGUAAGACUUGUAUAAAGAUCAUGUUAACAUUUAAAUAUAUUUCCAAGUAUAAUGGAUAUAUGUGUGUGUGUGUGUGUGUGUGUGUGUGUGUGUGUGUGUGUGUGUGUGUGUGUGUGUGUGUGUGUGUGUGUGUGUGUAUAAUAGGAAUAUAAUAACCUAAUGAAAGUUAACAAUCACUUCUAUUUUAUUUUUCUGAUAUUCUAUUGUAUUAGAUAUGAUAUAUCAUACUUGUACAUAUACAUACAUAUGUAUGCAUAUAAUUUAUAAUAUGCCACCCACCAAGAUAUUAAGAUUAAUAAUACAAGAUGUAAGAGAUACUUAUCAUAUGAUGCCUACAUUUUGUUAUUUAAUGUCCUUCAAGUAUGUCUAUUGUAAAGCGCGCAUAUAAUUUUGUAUUUCAAUUAUUAUAUAAAAUACAUAUAUUAAAGUUA